CAGUAUCAGACCCUUUCUUUAAUUGUUUCGUAAUUAUAGGAGUUUUUCUUUAUUUUUUGUAUUUUUUAAGGAGUUUGAAUUCUCUACUGGUACGUAUGUAACGUAUCAUCGAUUAUCAAAUCAGAUAAACAGCGACCAAGUAGGGAGGUUACUUAUAAAAGGGAUCCCACUACCCUUCUUUCCCUCUUGGGUUUUUUGUUUCUUCCUACAAAUCAAACCAGAACGGAAGCGAACAGCAAUAAGGAACAGAGGAAAAUAAGAAGAAAUUGGUUCAGGAUAUAGGAAUCACGCGUGCCUUCUGAGUUCUGAUCCACCCAAUUGCACUGCUACAACUACUGAUCGAUAUCCCUAUCUGCCCAGUACCCCAACUAGUUCUAAUAACCUCUUUGGGUUCUUUCUUGUUUAGAUAAGAUCCUCUUCUUGAAGCGAAAGGAAGAAAAGAGAGUGGGUUUUGGUGAUUCUGUUCAGAUUUGUGUUCGUUCUCAUGAUGGCUGUUCAAGCGCAGCAGUAUCCGGAGAAUCUGGGUUUUCCGAUUUGUGGGUUACAAGAAUGGAUGGAAUCCUGUGGUGGUGGUGGGUUUCAUGAUUUAUAUCUCAAUCCUCAACAGCAAGAACAGAUGCAGCAGUUACAGAAUUUCAAUCUGCAGAGAAAUUACAACUUGGGUUUCCAGAAUAAUAGUCCGGUGGUUUCUUCUUCUUCCAAUGGUAACCUUGUGUCAAUGGCGUCCUCCGAGUCUUUGGCUGCUCAGAUUGAUAAGCAGGCAUUGGAGAUUGAUCGAUUUAUUCUAUUACAGAAUGAGAGACUGAGAUCUGCUCUGCAAGAGCAAAGGAAGCAACAAAUGGCGAUUCUUCUAAAGAAGAUUGAAUCAAAGACGCUAACCUUACUGAAACGGAAGGACGAAGAUAUUGCUAUAGCAGCAAAAAGAAGAAUGGAGCUGGAAGAAUGCUUGAGAAAGAUAGAGAUGGAGAACCAAGCAUGGCAGAGAGUAGCCAAAGAGAGCGAGGCCAUGGUUGUGGCUCUGAAUAACACGCUGGAACAAGUGAAAGAGAACGCCUGUUGUUUUCCCUCUGCCGGAGCAGAAGACGCAGAGUCCUGUUGCGAUGUUUCUCCGGAAUAUUACAGGGAAGAGAAAGAAAGAGAAGCCAGAUACAAUGAAGAACAGGAACCAAUGAGAAAGAUGGCUUGUAAGGGCUGCAAUUCUCGAACAUCGUGCGUCCUUUUCCUCCCUUGUAGGCAUCUCUGUGCGUGCAAGUCUUGUGAAGCCUUCCUCGAUUCUUGCCCUGUCUGCAAUUCUUUAAAGAAGGCAAGCAUGGAGGUCUUCUUGUUAUAGAAAAAAAAAACAAAAACAGAAAAUUGAAAUCUCUUCCCUUUUCUUUUCUUACUUUCUUUCCAACUCUUCCUUUACUUGGGGAAAUGGGUUCUCCUUUUCCUUACUUAAACAAGAAAAAGAACAACAACAAGAUCGAAGAAGCAUCCAUCAACUUUGAACAGAGUUGCAGAACAGAUGGAGAAUCUUUUCCUUUUGUGAAGGCAUUUUAGCUUCUUUUAGAUUGAACUAUUCAAUUCAUUUGUUUGGUUAUUUUCUCAUGUCA